AUGAAGGUGUCGACGAGUAAGGACUUCGCUUACGCGAUGACUCCGUUGAAGAUCUUGUCGUGGCCUGUAGGUACCUGGCCUCUUCAAGACUACGAUGUUUUCUCCGGUAUACGUGCCAUAACAGCGACUUUCUUCUUGCUGCUAAUGAUAAUGAUCGUACAAUCGGAGAUGUACUUAGACAACAGCGAUGCCGAGAAAAAUCUGGACGGUCUAGUAUUCAUUACCUGCGGCAGUUUGGCAGCGUCAAAGGUUAUACAGUUUCGUAUUCGGCCUGCUGCCCUUAUCUCGAAUUUUACAUCCGCGGUUAAGGAUUAUAACGAAUUGCGGGAUGAAGAGAAACGAGUGAUAGUGCGAAAACACGCUUAUAUGGCCAGAGUAGCCAGUGCCAGUAUGAUAUUUUUCGCGUAUUUCAGCUCGAUUCUUUUCAUAACUGUGCCAAUGCUGGCUGAGGAGGAAGAGAAAGAUAUAGUUAACGUAACGGAGGAAAGUACAUCGGAGUACCCUAUACCUUCGGAAAAUGUAAUGGCACUUGUAAAAAUACCGGAAAAUUUAUACUUCAUUGUUUUAAUCAUAGAAUACUUGAUGCUGCUAUUCACGAGCACUGGAAAUCUAGGAAGCGAUUCGUUGUUUUUCGGUAUCACUUUUCACCUGUGCGGUCAGGUAGAAAUUCUGAAACUAGAUUUUCAGAGACUGAAAAUCGAGGGCGAAAGAACGAGGGAACAUUUCAACGUAUUAACCAAGAGGCAUAUUUACUUAAUUAAACUGGCCAAUAUGCUGAACGAGACCAUCAGCUCUAUCUUGGUUAUGCAACUAUUCACGAGUUGUAUACUUAUAUGUACAAGCGGACUUCAACUCAUUCUCGCUCUGAACAUUGGAAACAUAGUCAUGGUUAUAAAAACAUUCAUAGUACUCAGCACUCUCAUGGUACAAUUGUUUGCAUACAGUUACGUGGGCGAAUAUUUAAGACGUCAAAUGGAAGGCAUCGCUGACUCGAUGUAUUUCUGCAACUGGUACGAUAUACCGAGAAGUGUGGCAAAAGAUAUUAUUUAUGUCAUUAUGAGAGCUCAAGAGCCAGUUUUCCUGAGAGCAGGACAAUUCCUCGUUGUUAAUAUGGAAACAUACACGAGUAUCAUAAAAACUUCUAUGUCAUAUCUUUCAGUUCUUCGAGUUAUGGUAAAUGCUUGAGGCUGUGUAUAAUAUAGAAACCCAGAGAGUUAUAUUUAUCUAAUAAAGCUCAGUAAAAUAUUUAAUGUAUUAAGUUAAUCGAAUGUACGCGAUAGAUUCUCACUAGGUUGUUAUAGUCAAUAUUUCGUGCAAUGACAAACUUCUACUACUUUCUGUUACAUUCAGUAGUCCGGAAAUAAUUAGCCAUAAAGCCAAAUAUAAUUAGUAUAUUACCUUUAUCACCACAUCAAGCUUCUUAUUACUGGUCUGCCUGAACACGAAUGACAUCACCGGUCUUGCGCUGAAAGCUGUCGACCUGAUACUGAAGUUGCCUAUGAAGGAAAUUUGAAGAAGAAGUCGCGCAAGCCGCCUACAAUUCGCACUGGUAUGAACUUUGUCAACAGUUGGCAAAGAACCGCGUACUGACAAUAAAUCAUGGAAACACCUGACAACCAGAAAAUUCCACCAAAUGAACACAUUCGCGUUCGAAGAAAUACCGAAGAUAUGAGCUUUCUAUAUGAGUGUUUUCAAAGUAACGAUGAACACGUGAAAACUAUUUGAGCGUGAAAGGUAAGUAGUCCUUUUGUCACCCUCGAUACAUCCCUCGUACAGGAAAAGUGAUUCGACGAAGAAGAGCAAGAAAAUAUUCUCUUACGUA